AAAAGAUUAUCUAGGCUAAGAAUCAAAAUCUUCUAAAUGGGAAGUCAAAUGAAGAAGCAAUGGCUUCAUUUUGCUUGUGCUUUGGCAUUUUUCUUGAUUGCCACAUGCACUAUGGCAUAUUCACCUUAUUCUUACGAAUCAUCAGAUUCAACAUACGAUAAAGUACCAACCACAGAAGUCAAAAGUGAAGACUUCAAGGUACCCUCAGAGUCGGAAAAGGAAUAUAAGGUGUCAUUUUUGCCGAAAAAUGAUUACUACAAGAAGUCAUCAGUUUCAGAAGAAAACUACAAAAAGGUGUCAUAUGUUCCAAAAGUACCAUCAAUGGCUAAACCAGAAUAUAAAGACUCAUUUUUUCCAAAAUUUGACUACUUUAAGAAGUCAUCAGUUCAAGAAGACGACUACAAGAAGGCGUCAUAUGUUCCAGAGGUACCCUCAAAGGCUAAACCGGAAUAUAAGGAGUCGUCUUUUCCAAAAUUUGACUACUUCAAGAAGCCAUCAGUUUCAGAUGAUAGCUACAAAAAGGAGUCAUACGUUCCAAAGGUACCCUCGAUGGCUAAAUCAGAAUACAAGGAGUCAUCUUUUCCAAAAUUUGACUACUUAAAGAAGCCAUCAGUUUCAGAUGAUAGCUACAAAAAGGAGUCAUAUGUUCCAAAGGUACCCUCGAUGGCUAAACCAGAAUACAAGGAGUCAUUUUUACCAAAAUUUGACUACUUCAAGAAGCCAUCAGUUUCAGAAGAUAGCUACAAAAAGGAGUCAUAUGUUCCAAAGGUACCCUCAGUGCCUAAGAAAGAAUACAAGGUACCCGUUUUGCCUAAGAAUGACUACUUUAAGAAGUCAUCAGUUCCAGAAGAUAGCUACAAAAAGGUGUCAUAUGUUCCAAAGGUGCCCUCGGUGCCUAAAGAAGAAUACAAGGUGCCUUCUUUGCCAAAAAAUGAUUACUACAAGAAGUCAUCAGUUUCAGAAGAUAGCUACAAAAAAGUGGCAUAUGUUUCAAAGGUGCCCUCAGUGCCUAAAGAAGAAUACAAGGUGUCUUCUUUACCAAAAAAUGAUUACUAUAACAAGCUAUCAGUUCCAAAAGAUAACUACAAAACGGUGACAUAUGUUCCAAAGGUGUCCUCAAUGCCUAAAGAAGAAUACAAGGUGCCUUCUUUGUCAAAGAAUGAUUACUACAAGAAGCCAUCAAUUCCAGAAGAUAACUACAAAAAGGUGUCAUCUGUUCCAGAAGUACCCUCAGUGCCUAAACCAGAAUACAAGGUGCCGUCUUUGCCAAAAAAUGACCACUACAAGAAAACAUCAGUUCCAGAAUAUAACUACAAGAAGCUACCAUUUGUUUCAGAGGUACCCUCAGUGCCUAAAGAGGAAUACAAGAUGCCUUCUUUACCAAAGAAUAACUACAAGAAACCAUCAGUUCAAGAAGAUAACUAUAAGAAGGUGCCAACUGUUCCAGAGGUACCCUCAGUAGCUAAACCAGAAUACAAGGUGUCGUCUUUGCCAAAAAAUGACUACUACAAGAAAACAUCAGUUCCAGAAGAUAACUACAAGAAGGUGUCAUCUAUUUCAGAGGUACCCUUAGUGCCUAAACAGGAAUACAAGGUGUCUUCUUUGCUAAAGAAUGACUACUACAAGAAGCCAUCAAUUCCAGAAGAUAACUAUAUGAAGUCAUAUGUUCCAGAGGUACCCUCGGUGCCUAAACAUGAAUACAAAGUGCCUUAUUUGCCAAAGAAUGACUAUUACAAAAAGCCAUCAGUUCCAGAAGAUAACUACAAGAAGGUGCCAUCUGUUCCAGAGGUAGCCUCAGUGCCUAAACAGGAAUAUAAAGUGUCUUCUUUGCCUAAGAAUGACUACUACAAAAAGCCAUUCGUUCCAAAAGAUAACUAUAAAAAGGUGCCAUCAGUUUCAACAGAUAAUGACUACAAGGUACCCUCAGUACCUAAACAAGAAUACAAGAUGUCUUCUUUGCCAAAGAAUGACUACAAAAAAUCAUCAAUUCCAGAAGAUAACUACAAGAAGGUGCCAACUGUUUCAGAGAUACCCUUAGUGCCUAAACCAAAAUACGAGAUGCCGUCUUUCCCAAAAAUGGACUACUUCAAGAAACCAUCACCUUUUCCAUCACCACCACCUCCAUAUUACUAAAUUUUCAUCUCUCAUGUUCAAUAUGUUUCAAUGAAGUCCUUCUCCAGCCCAACAUAUAUAACCCAUAGGGUUCUCAUAUUAUGAGUUCGAAGGCAUGAUAUCAAUGCCUAUCAAAAUUUGUAAUUCUUUAUUCGUUUUCUUUUUCUUUUCUUUCCUACUUCGAGUUGCAAUUGUUUUUUCAUUUAAAUUCUAUUUUGAAUGUAUCCAGAGAUUUAUGUCAACUGAA